AUGGAACCAUUGCUGACACCAGAGUGCAGAAUCAAUGCCUGUGACAGGCCUGCAAACUAUGAAUCAUUAAAGCGGGAGUUUGUAUCUGAACAAAAUAUCAAUAUACUCCCGAAUGGGCAUUUAGUCUCCAGAAUAAGCGACUAUAUCAUCUACAGCGUAGAGGCAGAAGCCAUUGACAAGGUUGUUGCGGAAUACGGACCAUCAACCAAGGUCGGCGCAAUUGUCGGUGGUCAGACAUCAUGCAAAGCUCCUGAACUUGCUGCGUUUGAUAAGAACCUGCCCAACGACGUAGAAAUCAUCUCUUGUCAUUCCCUUCAUGGUCCUAACGUCAAUCCUAAAGGCCAACCCCUGGUCCUAAUCAAACAUAGAGCCUCAGACGAAAGCCUAAGGUUUGUGGAGAACCUUUUCGCCUCCUUCCAGUCCAAAUAUGUCUAUCUCAGUGGUGUGAUGCACGAUCGGAUCACAGCAGAUACCCAAGCAGUCACCCACGCCGCUUUCCUCAGCAUGGGCACUGCGUGGCAUGCCAACAACCAGUUCCCUUGGGAAGUUGCCCGCUACGUGGGCGGCAUUGAGAAUGUGAAAAUUAACAUCACAUUGCGCAUAUAUGCGAACAAGUGGCACGUCUACGCAGGCCUAGCCAUACUCAACCCUGCCGCGAAGAUGCAGAUUCGCCAGUACGCGCAGUCGGUGACUGAGCUGUUCAAGCUGAUGCUGGGUGGGCAUCGGGAAGAGUUUCGGGCCCGGGUGAAGGCCGCCGGGGCUGCGGUGUUUAAGUCUGGUACGACGCAGCAUGAGCUGUUGUUGCGGGAUGAAGUGCUUGACCGGUUCUCCUUGUCCAAGGGGAUGUCGGAAAGGAUGCCUAAUAACCAUCUGAGCUUGUUGGCUAUUGUGGAUUGCUGGUGGAAGUUGGGGAUUGUUCCUUAUGAUCAUAUGAUUUGCUCGACGCCGCUCUUCCGUCUAUGGUUAGGAGUGACCGAAUAUCUCUUCAGAAAUGAAGACCUCCUCAAUGAAGUUCUGGACAUUGCAAUUGAUGACAACACUUUCCGGUCUGAUGACUUAGAAUUCACUUUUGCCGCACGGGCCUGGUCUGAAUGCGUGUCAUUUGGAGAUUUUGCUUCAUACCGCGAUCGUUUUGAAAAGAUCCAAUCGUACUUUGCUCCACGGAUCCCAGAAGCUGUCCGUCUUGGAAAUGAGAUGAUGAAAACUAUUUUGGACAAGACAACGACCACCACCUAUGCAACAACAGGAAACGCGACGAGUUCAAGUUGA